GGAAACAAGAGAGGUUGUACGGCUGACUCUUCCAAGAACGAUACGCUUUUUCUAUUCUAGGAAGCAGCCAAAGAACAAGAGGCUGCUGGAGACAAAACAACUUCUCUCUGCAAAUGUCUGCGCUUGGCAAUAUGUGUCGACGUCUAUUUGAAGGAGGGAGAGAUGGGAUUUCCCUUUAUUAAGAGACUUCUGCACCUGUUGACGUUCUGACAGUAUUUUUAGCUGAAGAACCGCUAAGUCCUGGAUUUCCCUGCUGACUGUCACCCACUGGGAGCUUUGUAUUUCAGGAAUCAUCUUGCCAUUUAUUAAUUGGAAGAUGAGUUGGAACUCCCUUUGGAAGGAACCGGAUGAGCCAAUUAUUUUUCAGAACAGAUGUGUGGCUUUGAUGGAACUGGUAGAUAAUAUCUGUUUCUUCGAAAGUUUUUGAGCUGUAGCUUCUGUCUUUUUCAGCAUUACUAAUUCUCAAUUACCUGUCAGUAUUCUGCCUGUAGAUUACCCUACAAAAACAAUCCGUUAGUAGAUACCAUAUUUUAAAAAAUGAGGAUAGAAGUCAUGAAUCAGAAAGGAAAUUAGUUCUACCUUAUAGAGCUUUGAGGACAGUGAUAACUACAAAGUUUAACAGUCAACAGAAAGUCGGCCUAUGUGAUGAAUAAUGAAAAUUUGUGAAAUUUGAACCAGUGGCCUUCCCAACAUGUACCGAGUAUCUCAACUGAUGUCAACACCAGUUGCAAGUUCUCCUGGAUUGGAGAGAGAACGUACUGGAGAGCUGACUCCCACGUGCAUUUUUCCAAGUUUCGCCAGUGAUUUCCUGAACGGUGACAGUUCUUUUGAAUGCUGCUUCAUAGAUCCCCUGACAGGCUCCCACUUUACCUGUCGUCGAAGUCCCAGACUCCUCACCAAUGGCUACUACAUUUGGACAGAAGACAGUUUCCUCUGUGACGAAGAUGGCAACAUAACUCUGAGCCCGUCCCAGACCAGUGUUAUGUACAAGGAGAACUUAGUUACAAUAUUUAGGAAAAAAAAGAGGAUCCGCCGUUCCCUUUCUUCUCUCUUCAAUCUCAGUACCUCUAAAUCUUGGCUACGUGGAAGUAUCUUUGGUGAUGCUGACCCUUCCUCAAGUGAGGACAUCUGGCUGGAGGGGCUGGACACUCACCAUCACAAUGAAAAUGGAAGUGGUUUUGACUGUUCUCUGACUGAUGACUGGGCGUUGGAGGAGCCGAGUGCAGAGUCGAUGGACACUUCUUCUCCCAGCCGAGAGGCAUCACUGUCUCCCAGAGAAAUCUCCUGUGACUCAUGUCUCCAGACCCAGCUGACAGCAUCCGAACAUUUCCAGGAGAACAGUUCAGAUCAUCCAAAAACCAGUUUGCUACAAGAGGUCUCUUUUCAAGCCAUCCUGCUAGCUGCAUGCUUCAUCUUUUCUGCGUGGGCAAGGUGGUUUCUGGGAGGAAUAUUAGCCAGUGUCUUCACAUGCCCGUUGGUGAUAACUAUAGCUUAUUUUGUCAAGUCAUUGUUUCUCAGCAUUGCCAGCUAUUUCAAAGCCACCACCGGUGCUUGGUUGGCCAAAAUUUGACAAGCAUUUAGGAGUGCUCUGGAUGAAUGUCUUCAAUCUGAAUAUCCAGAAAUUAUCCUGUUUACAGUCCAUUGGGAAUCAAUGGAUUUAUUGGAAGCAGUGAACAACUGGAUCAUCGCGAAAAACAUUUUAAUUUGGCUAUGUGACUUUUUGUUAAGUCCUAGUUUUACGCUUCUAAGCGUAAUAUGCUGAGGAAAAUGAUAUUAAUUUGCCUUCCCUCUGCAAACACUAGCAGUUGAGAGGGAAAGGACCAGAAAAUGUAAGAGAUAAAGGGCAAACCACCUGGAGUAAAUAUUUCCCUAAGGCAGUGGUUCUCAAACAUGAAUUUUCCUCAUAGAAUUCCGUGAAGAGUUGGUAACAAUGCACCUCUCCCUUGCUUAACGGCUCUAAUUGAGUAAUGAAAACAAGUUUAUAUAAUCAGUAUCAACUUGAAAGUAAUUGAAUGCAUGUUGUACAUAAAAUAUAAUGUAAACAAGGUUUAUCAUUCUUUCAAAAAGAGUGACUAGAUAGUGGGUGGCGAUAGUGAUGGUUGAGGGGAAAGAGGAAGGAGAGAGUCAUUUUUUUGGAAGGGGAUUUCCGCUUUUGAACCUUUUUUUUCACCAAGUUUUUAACCUUCUCAGGGCUCAUGAUUAUCUUUCACUCAAAUUGCUAUUAAAAAAAAAUAUAUAUAUAUAUAUAUAU